GAUCUCACCACUAGCUAUAUCUUCGAUUUCAUUAAAUGUUUAAAGAUUUUCCGUUUUGGAUCCAUGUUUUGCCCAUCUUGCUUUGCUUAUGCCGAGUUCAAUUUGUGUGAUUCUUUCAAAUCUUAUAACUGUGUUAUAUUUGACUGAUCUGCUGAACUGAAAGAUGGGUAAAAUGGAUGGAAAGUGAAGGUGCUGAGUUGUUGAAUUCACUAGUUAGUGAGAUCAGCAAAGGGAUGGAGCAAGUGAAACAGCUUAAAGAGUCUUCUAAUUCUAAUAACAAUGGAGUUUUGGACAAAAUGUUGUCUUCUCAUGAAGAGGCUCUAUUCAUUCUGACUGGCCGUGCUCCACAGCAACAAUGUCACUCAGGGAUAUCAUCGUUACCAGAUCCUCCUGCUCCUGCAACUGCAAGUCUCAAAAGGAAAACUAGCAUGGUUCCGGUAUCUGGAGACUCAUCACUACUACCCGACGAUGGAUAUAGUUGGAGGAAGUACGGCCAAAAACAUAUCCUUGGUGCCAAAUAUCCAAGAGAGUAUUACAGAUGCAGUUUAAAAAGUAGUGCCUCCUGUCCGGCUAGAAAGCAGAUACAAAGGUUGGAUGAUGCGACUAUGUUUAAGGUCACAUACAGGGGACGACAUGUAUGCCAACAAUCCCCCAAAUCAUAAUCUUAGGACUCACAGAAUCAACAACAAUUUCUUCCUGCUAUCCAAUUGUAAAACCAUUUUGAAGUCCAUAUGGGAAUUCUACAUCGUUUCGUGAGGGAAAUUACAUCAUAUUCUUAUUCAUAAAACAACAUCGCUUUACUUAAAUUAUCAAUUUUUCUA